UUUUUUACGAUUUCAUAGCUUUGGCCUAUGGCAUGGCACUCAUAAAUUUAAUGUUUCUUGAUUUACGUGUUUUUUUUCAAUAAGUACAUGACUUGAUUAAAAUCAGCAGUUAUUUUGUAGUAUUUAUAUUAUAUUCAAAGGUGCCCGGCUAACAGGUCUACUUCUUCUUCAGGGUUUUGGUGUAGCAGACCCAAUGGAGCUGCAGGCAUUACUUGUAUUCGGUGGGGUGGGUGUAGUAGUCAUAGCCAUUGUCCUCCUCAUGGGGCUCUUCUCUGCUUCUGGAACUAGCUAUGAAGAAGCAAUAGCCCAACAAAGAAAAGCUACCAGUGAAUUGUUAGCUCUCGCAGAUAAUAAGACUAAGAGUAAGAAGACUAGUAAAAAAGCUAACAAAAAGAUAGCAAAAAAAGAGAAAAACAAGGAAUAUGCAACUUCUAUGACAGGCAGUGACCAUGACAGUGAGGCCCCUGCUGAGAGUGGAUUAGAAGAUGAACCCACUGCAAAACCUCACGUUGACUUUAAGCCACCACCAGUAGUUGUUGAAUUCCCCAAAGACACCCCUCCUAAUAUUAAGAUUCGUAAACGUGGCAAGGAUUCUAAAGUAAAGCCAAUUCUUGUAAAUAAAGAGGAUCCAAGUUGCGUUAGCGAUCUGAGCUCAGCGGAUUCUUCUGCUCCAGUCACCAAUCAUUUUGAAGAAAUGCAACCUAAGGAUGAGUUCGAGUUAUUACACUCUUCACAAAUGGGGGAUAAAACUGCUGACAACAAACAAGAAACUGUGGAAAAGAAGGAAAAGUCAAAACAAACAAAGGCCAUCGCAAAGGCACCGGUUAAAUCUGCUGAAGUUGUGAAGGAGGUGUCUCGUGAACUCAGUAAUAGCAGUGAAGUACUGAAGGAACCACGAAAAGCUAAAAAGCCAGAGAAGAAAGCGGUAGAAGAAGCACCGAGUGUGGAAGAAGUGGUGCCACCACUGAACGUCCCGCAGCCCAGCGAGCUGACUACAGACAAACUGUUGAAGCAGGCUAUGGUCUCCGCUCCAGCACCUUCCCAGCCAUCAACAAAGAGCAAGAAGAAGAAAGCCGAGCCUAAUGUGCUCUCACUUAUUGCGAGUGACAGCGGCGGAGUGUCGGUGAGCGAAUUAGUUCGCGUCGUGAAGGAGGCCUCUCUCUCGCGCACGGAGAUCCAGAUACUCACAGAUGCGCUGCUCAACAAGCAACACGACCCCUUGCCCGAACACUCCGAAUGGACCGAGGGUCCCAACGAUCCCGUGCAAAAGUUGAAGAAGCAACUGGCCGAUAAAGAGAAGGCUCUGGCUGAUGAGGUCGAAGCGUCCCAAGCGCUCCACGCCAAGUUGAAGGAGCUCAGGAGCCUCCUGAAUGCCGAGCGGGGUCGGGCGUCUAGUGCCAGCCGGGCGGCGGAGCAGACGGCGGCCGCUUCUCGGGUCGAGAUGCACACGCUGCAGACCAGGAUCCAGAGGCUCUUGGACGACAACCAUGCGCUCGCCCAGGAGAAACUGGUCCUUCAAGCACAAUUGGGUGAGGAGAAUGAGGCGCAAGCGCAACGCGUCCAAAUGGAGAUGCACAUUCAGAGAUUAUCCGAAUCGGAGGCGGCUCUGCUGCAGCAGCUGUCGGUGCUGCAGGCGGAAGUCAGCGGCCGCGCGGUGGAGGCGGGCCAGGCCCGCUGCGAGGUGGCCGCCGCCAGGGACUCCGUGCUCAUGGCUCAGCAGCACGCCGCCGACCUGGCGCAUCAGCUGCAGGAAGCGAACCGCCUAUACUCGGAACUGGAGAAUCAGAGGCAGUGCGCCAUUCACGCGGAGCAGCUCGCCAGGGAUGAGCUGCGACAGGCUCAGCAGAGACUCACCGGCCUAACAGAACUACAGAGUGAAAUGCAGAAGACGAGCGCUCGGGCGCAGACGGCCGAGAGCGCUUUGGUCGAGUCAAAAGAAGCCUUCGAGAUUCAAAGGCAACAGCUGACUCGAGAGCUGAAUUCCCUCCGCGAGCAACUCGCCGCACGUGAAUCGGAAUUGGCCGAGGUGAAGCUGAUGAAGGCGGCGCCCGCGCACAACGGUCUCUCUCCCGCCGAAGAUACCGACAAACUGAAGCAGGCGAACGAGCUGUCCAAGGUGGAAAGCGCGGUGGAAGCUCUGAAGGCGGAGCUGUCUUCGGCCCGAGCCGACAACGAGAGACAGCAGACGCAGCUCACCGAGUUGCGACAGCAGCUCGAGCAAUACCGAGAGAAAAACAACGAGUUGCGAACUAAAAACUGGAAGGUUAUGGAAGCCUUACAGAAUGCGGAGAGAUCUCUUCAGGCUAAAGCGCAGGCCCGAGGGACCUCUGAAGCGUCAAAAGAGCAAGAGUACAGGGAAGUGAUGGAAAUCCUGCGGUCGGCGUGUCCCAGUGCGGCACCUUCCCAAUCGAUGGGCUCCGACUGGAUCAGGGCGUUCGCGGACAACGUCAAGAGUCACCUCCGCGACGUGGAGUCGAGGAAGAUUAUAGCCGACGACUCCCUCGCCGAAAAGCUUUCCGAAAAGGAGAACGAAAAGAAAAAAGUCGAGAGUGAACUCCUGAAGAAACUCGAAGACAAGGAGAACGAAAAGAAGAAACUGGAGAGCGAGCUCCGGAAGAAGCUGCUCGAUAAAGAAAACGAAAAGAAGAGACUGGAGAGCGAGUUGGAGGCGAAGGCGAAGCAAUCGCCGGUCGACGAUUCCAGGGUUGCGGAUCUCGUCGAGCAGAACCGACAAUUACAAGCAUCUGUGGAUAAAUACAAGAGGGUGAUCCACGUCACGGAGGGCGUGCUGAGCCAGCUGCAACAGAACGUGUCCGCGGAGGAGGCGCGAUGGGCCUCGCGGCUGGCCGAGCAGCAGAAGGAGCUGGACGAGCUCCGGCAGAGAACCGUGCUCCAGGAACCCGUGGCCUUUGCGUAUUCCUGCAUAGAGAAGUCUCUGGCCACCAUCAUCGCGGAGAUGCAGAAUAAAAUCGACGAGUUGGAGGUGGCGGUAGCUAAAAAGAACACCAGUUUCGCCGAUGCCGAGAGGCUAACGGAGGAAAAAUUGCUGUCCAAUUUCUCAAAGGCUGACGUCCACAAUGGUCCACCGCAGGCAACCCUAGCUGAGAAAUAACGAAUAAGUUCAAGCGAUUCGAGGUGUUCGGGAAGAUCCAGCGAAAGCAGAUAACGAUACUCGGUAACUACGCUGACGCUGCCAACUUCAUUUCCAUUAACCGUGAAGGGAGUGAGCUCUCGAUAUCCCUCAAACAAAUGUGCGGUUGUAAUGUUUUGUAUUGUAUUUAAUGUGUACAUAAAAACCGUUAUUUCUAAGGAAAACUGAUUUGCAGUGAAAUUCUCGAAGGUUCUAAAAGAUAAACGAAAAUUAAUAAAAGGCAACGCGUCCGAGGAUAAGUUUACUAUUUUAAGUAGAUAAAGUUUUUUUAGUGCAAAUUAAUACAAAAGACAUUUUUUUCCAAUUUGAUGUAUGUUUUCCAGUACGGGAGCAAAUGAUUUCAAAUAUUGUCUGUUUUACGACGAAUUAUUAUUACGAUCGAAUUUAUGUUUACUCUUACUCCACGUUUGAUGGAUGGAAACUGUGAUUAUUAUUACAUUAAUUUGUGUUUAACUCGAUUGGUGAGCGCGGAAAGGGUUUGUCGAUGCCAGACUGGUUAUUUGAAACAAAGAUUGCUUUUUACACAAACCAUUGGUGUGGUAAAAGACUUGAUUUAUCAUUCGUAAAAUAGGGUUAGACGUUUUAAAUAGAACAUUUAGUGUGUUCAAUUAAAUAAUUAAUUAUAAUAGUAUGCUUUAGUAUUUACGAAGCGAUCUUACUCAUUUAUUUUGAGCUCGUUUCCUGCAAUAAUAAUUUUUUAAUAACAAAUUUACAUAAAAGAAAUUGCAAUUUAUUACAUCGUUUGAACAGUUUUAGGAAGUGUUAUUUUAUUUAUAAAGAUUUAUUUAUUAGCUUUUGUACUAGAACAUAAUCAUUUUUCAGUGCCUUAGAAUAAGAUUUGACUUUGAUAUGCCGACUGUUUAAUUUCCACAAAUAAGAUUUUUCGAUCGAUAAUGCAUGUUAACCAUAAGUUUUAGGGUGAUUUUUUUUUUGUUUGAUUGAUUGUACUGAUAAAAUUAUUAUUUUCGGAAAAUAUUUAGAAUAAUUUGAUUGUUUAAAUCCAUUUUUUCAAUGACCUUUGUACUGUUUGUUAUAUUCUGUGUGUCAAAUGUCCAAAAAGUUAAUAUACUUAAUAGACAUACUGCGUUAUUGAUAAGAACCGUUAUUAUAAAACUCAUAAUUUUAGAUGAAAAUAUAAUCAAAUAAAAUAUUUCUACAA